ACAACUAUUUUCCCCAAAUAUCCAUGCAUGUUGUCCAUCAGCUGGGGAUGGACAGUUUAGGGAAUUACCUGCAGUGACCCCUCCCCUUAACCCCCCACCUGAUGGAGGUAAACAACACCUGCAUGCAGAGGGACACUUGUGAACCGGACAGGGCCGCUCAUCCGGGGGUUUUCCCAACACGCGAAUCCGGGAAGAGCGACCCCAAGCCCGGGCAACUCAGCAUGGACUUCCCGGUGUCUGUGGUUCUUCCUGCAGGAGGCACAGGAGAGAGAACAGGGCUGCAGACCCCCAAACAGUUCUGCUCCAUUCAGGGUCGGCCACUCAUCAGCUACACCAUCCAGGCUUUUGAGAGGGUGCCAUGGAUCCAGAGCGUCGUGGUCGUCGUGGCCAAAGAAAACAUGGACCUGAUGACGGACAUCGUCCAGCGCUUCCAGCACAGGAAGGUUCGAGCGGUGCCAGGCGGCCCGACUCGUCACAGGUCGAUCUAUAACGGAGUCCUGGCUCUGGGGCAGGAGGAGGAGGAGGGGGGGGAGAGGUCGAAGGUGGUCAUCAUCCAUGACGCCGUGCGGCCUUUUGUGGACGAGGACUUUCUGUACCAGAUCGCCACGGCUGCUAAGGAACACGGGGCAUCAGGAGCUAUCCGACCUCUCGUUUCCACGGUGAUAGCCACCACAUCAGAGGGCUACCUGGAUCAUUCUCUGGAGAGAGCCAAGUACCGAGCCAGUGAGAUGCCUCAGGGAUUCACAUAUGACGUCAUCUAUCAGGCCUAUCAGCGGUGCAGUGAGUCAGACUUCGAGUUUGGCACCGAGUGUCUCCAUCUGGCUCUGCAGUACUGUGGCACCAAUGCCAAGCUCAUCCAGGGGCCGCCAACACUGUGGAAGGUUACCUACAAACGGGAUUUGGCUGCUGCAGAGUCCAUUAUCAAAGACUCUCUAUCGCGGUCGGCCUGUGUUAUCACAGGUGGAUCUGCACGCGCUGCCACGCUGGCUGAAGCCCUCCAGAAGGCUGUGGGAGCUCUCGGAACGGAGCUGGAUGUCAUCCCAGAUCUGAUGGGAGGAAACGGCAGGUAUCUGUUAAAGGAGUGGAACUUCAUCCAGGUUUCUGUCAAUAGUUCUUGCCUGUCUGAAGUGGAAGCAAUGCUGACAGAUUUGGAGGCAGCGAAUCGGGCUCUUCUCCAUCCGCCGGUCAUCAUUUUGGUGCUUUUGAGCGAUUCAGAUGAGCUGUCCGUCAGCGGGAGAGUGGCAGAGCCAGCGGCUAUCAUGGACCUGGCCUCCACAGCUAAACUCCGAAAUAUUCUCCUCUACGGCAUCCAGCUUCAUCAGUCAAAGGACACCCAACGUUGGGAGAGGUCAGUAUCGAGGGUCGCUGAGAUCACGUCAGCCCUGAUCCGGGAGAGGAGCCCCGCCCUGGUGGGGCAGCUUCUGCAGGCGUGAAGGGAAGCAGCAUCAACAGAAAAUCCCCUUAAAUCCCCAUAAACUCUGCAGCAAUGAGAGUUGUGUUUUUAUUCUGUUCAUCUCUUUAUCAAUAACGGUUAAAAGGGGGGACUCCAACGAUUAAGAACUGCCCUCCCAUAAAGUGUGGGGACUUUCAAGCUCCAGAUCUCCACAACAUCUGCAGGAUUUCUGCUAAAAAUGUGGUUGUUGCAGUGAAAAAGGAAAGCAAGUCUUCACUAUAAUCAACCAUCAUAUGGAGGAGAUGGUCGGUUCUAAAUAUGUUUGGUUGGUAAUGUUUCUCUAUAUGUUCUGUCAUGCCACUGAUGGAGAGGUGUUUGAGAUAUUAAAACUGAAAAAUAUUCAAGACAUUUUUGCUACAUGAGACUUAAAGGUACAAUAUAUGGCAGCAUUUUCUUAAAAAAACAAUGUAUAGCCCUCUCAAUCAUCACUUAUGACUGACUAGAAGUGUCUACGACCCUACCCUCUGCACGUAUUUUCUUUUUUCUUCAUAUUUUGCUGUGUUUGUGACGUUUCUGUGCGUCAACAAGGAGCCUUUGGGCCCCACGUGGGUGUAAACCCUCAGCCAUAACAGCUCGCAUGAUGUGCAGCCGUUUCAGGUCGGCAGAUACCACAGCUUUGUCAACAAACAAAUAUUGUUUUCUUUAUUUCUCUCCCUCUUUCUCGGCUCGUUUGAUCGGCGGUCAAAUUUGAAUGUUGUAUGCUUACAAACAAACCAACAACAAAUCUGCUUAUAAAUACCUUUAGACAUGGGGCGUGAUGAAAAAAGACACAAAAAUGCCACAUACUUGUCUGCGAAUAUUCCUCAUCAAAACUAUUCAUACUGGCAGCGAUGAGAGUAUUAAUAAAGACACAAACAGUCAUGUGAAAACUCAACAUAAUGGCUUUGAAAUGGCUAUAAACAAAAUUCAUAAACUACUGUAUUUUGUCAUAACCACUGCUUUUACCACUGGAUAAAGCUGUUAAUGACUAAAACACUAUAUAUGUAAUAAGAAGCUGCUUUUAUUUUUG